AUGAGUAGAGAAAGCUCAAGCUCAAGGUCCUGGCCUGAUCAAAAUGUCGAAUCCCAAGAUCCACAUGAAGCCAGUUCGGAGGAAGACAACCCACCGUUGCAUGCAGUGAAUGUCGCGCCCAGAUGGAAUGAAUCAAGAACCACAAUAUGGAAAGUGACAGCUACAUUCUGGUGUGCGUUCGUGAUGGGGUCGAAUGAUGCAGCUUAUGGAGCGAUAAUUCCUUAUCUCGAGACAUACUAUCGCAAAAACUACACCAUUAUCUCCUUGGUAUUCCUCUCACCGUUCGUCGGCUAUACCAUAUCUGCAAUCCUCAGCAACAUGAUCCACCAGCACCUCGGCAGACGAGGGAUCACCAUUAUCGCGCCGAGCUGCCACUUGCUAGCUUUUGCGGUCAUAUCUGUUCACCCGCCAUUCCCGGUGCUUGUGGUUAUGUAUGUGCUUGUUGGCUUGGGCAGUGGAUUCCAUAAUGCAGCAUGGAACGUCUGGAUCGGAAACAUGGCAAACUCGCAUGAGGUGCUUGGAUUCUUUCAUGGUUUCUACGGCAUCGGUGCUACAGUCAGUCCUCUUGUUGCCACGAGUUUGAUCACGAAGGCAGGAUGGGAGUGGUACGCUUACUACUAUCUGAUGACCGGAGCAGCUGCUAUAGCGCUGGUAUAUGCCGCCAGUGCCUUCUGGGCCGAAACAGGCGAAAGAUAUCAACUGGAGAAUCCAAGUAUUCCUGGCAGGCAGGGAGGAGCAUUUUCUCAGACACGCAUAUCACUCACAUACAACGUCACCUGGAUCUGUGCCGUGUUCCUCUUCCUCUACGGUGGUAUCGAGGUGGCAAUCGGUGGCUGGAUUGUCGUUUUCAUGACCAACGUCCGCCAUGGAGGCGCCUUCGCAUCCGGAAUGGCAGAAACAGGCUUCUGGUUGGGUAUCACAAUCGGUCGAUUCGUACUAGGCUUUGUCUCGCCUCGAAUCGGAGAAAAGCUGUCGAUUGCUAUAUACCUCCUGCUUGCCAUCACUCUCGAGCUUGUCUUUUGGCUUGUGCCGGAAUUCAUUGUGUCGGCGGUUGCAGUGGCAUUUGUUGGAUUCUUUAUGGGAACGAUCUUUCCUGGAGUUGUGAUUGUGAUGACUCGUUUGCUUCCCCGGAAUCUUCAUGUUGCGGCUAUUGGUUUUGCGGCGGCUUUCUCUAUGGGUGGUGGUGCUGUGUUCCCUUUCAUGAUUGGUGCUAUUGCUCAGGCUAAAGGUGUUGUGGUGUUGCAGCCUAUUUUGCUUGCGAUGCUGGCUGUGUCUUUGGGCAUUUGGGCAAUGCUUUUCCGGCUUCCUCGAGAGGUCUCACACCAAGUUUGAUUGGAGAGGGAACGAGAGGAAAGACUGGGUUGAAGAAUAGCCAUACCUAUUCCUGUGUAGUACAAUUGGACCAUCAUUUAUCGCAACUGUCCCUCCAACGGUCGACAUAAG